AUGUCCUCCAAAUCAUGCUGUUCAACACCCGCCAUUGGAAAGCCGGUCAUAUCUACCGAGCAAGGCACUGAUGUAGCUGCGGAAGUCCGUUUGCAUAUCGUGGGUGACCGUUCAUCUGAACGUGGAGUGAUGCUCGUGUAUGACAUUUUCGGUCUUUACCCGCAGACUAUACAAGGGGCCUCUAUCCUCGCACAAAAGCUGGAAUGUCUCGUGAUAAUUCCGGAUUUCUUUAGAGGCAAGGCAGCUAGCAUGGAUUGGGUCGCCAUGGACACCGAGGAGAAGCGAAACAACAUGAUGACCUUCUUUGGGGAGAAUGCUAGCCCGGAAAAAAACCUAUCUACUCUUCUGGAUAUCAUGAAGCAAAGCGAGGAUUUGUACCCCCAAGUCAAGAGUUGGGGUGUUCUUGGACUGUGCUGGGGAGGAAAGCUUGCUGCUUUGGCUUCUGGUGGUCGGAGUUAUUUUAAGGUUUCUGGCCAAGCCCACCCAUCCCUUCUUGAUAUUGCGGACGCUAAAGCCACCAACAUCCCCCACAUCUGCCUAUCGUCCCCGGAAGAGCAAGCCGAUGUUUUGAAAGAAUAUGAGCAAGCCAUGCGCGCUAAUGUUGAUGUUGAAUUUGAACUAUACGAAACAAUGUUCCAUGGGUGGAUGGGAUCUCGUGCGAACAUGGAAAAUGAGCAGAAUUCCAAGGAGUUCACAAGGGGGUAUGAACAAAUUGCCGAUUUCUUCAAUGUGCAUCUGUGA